GCAUUUGGGAACCCUGAUUUCAUUAUCUAUAGAUUCAUUUUCUUCGGUAGAUCAUGUGUGAGUUCGAGCUGAAGAACACAAUGCUUUGAGGACAUCUUGUGCUUCAUGUUUGGGAUGACGAGUAUUCAGAAAGUAGGAUCAUUUGAUUCAGUACUCAGGCCAUGACACUCUACAGCUUAAGAAAUCAUUUAGAUUUUCAACAACUUAAAAGGUUUUCUGGUGUGACAAUUCAUUGCCUCACCUAUAUCAAUUCGUUGUGCUGUUCCUGGGAAUAGAAAUUGGUGGAUGUUGGCAUUUGUGAUGCUAUGGUGAGACAUUUGAUUCCUUGUGGAUUCUUCAGCUGCUUCUGCUGACUAGGCAAAGUCCCAACUCCUCCCCCCAACCAAGAAAAACUAAUCCAAAAAAAAUGGAUCGCUGUGAUACCUCAGGGUUUGUAAGUGGGGGUGGGAUGUACUCUUUCAGAGAGUAGCUUAGUUUUGUUCUUUGUUAUUUUUUGCCCCGGAAGUCAGGCAGUCAGCUUUUUUCUUUUAAAUUUUUUCACAUCGGAGUUUGGUCUGGAUAAGGGUAUUGUGUUUUCAGCCGAUACCAAAUGGAUGCAAGGUUUCGACAUUUGGGUUUUUCUGCUAACCCUUCCUCAAAUGCAUUUGAGAAUCUAAGGAAAAUGAAUAAUUUUGGAGGAAUUGGAGCUGAUUAUUGUGCAGACACUAUCUUACGGCUUGAUUCACCUGGUGUCACUUUCCCUUACUUUGCCUCAAAGGGAACCAAGAGGAAAUGGAGUGCAAUUGAUGGAUCCGUUGGCUUUGAGGAUGGUUCUUUGCUGGUUCUUGGGUUAGGUUGUUCACCGAGUUCUUCUGAGAGCAAGGGAAGUUCAGCGACUGCUUGCACAACCAUGUCUUCAGCAAAAGAAAACGAGGAGGAGUCAUCAAUGGAUAUUGGCCUAGAUUUUGAUCUCCAUCUUGGUAAUGAGAAAGCACGAGGCCCAAAGAAACCAGCUGGUGCUACUUUGAAGCCACUGGAAGUAAGACCCAAAUUUGACCUGGAAUUAAGUCUUUCGACUGGGCCUGCUGAAUCUGAUAUCACCAGUGUCACUCCUGGCUCUACCCCAUCCCAAAACAACUUUGAGAUGCCAUUGAUGGCUAGCACCGGCCCACUUGUGGAUGAAGGAUCGACAUCAUCUCGAUGGAAACUAGGAAAUGCCAUACUUCCAUUGCAUUUUGUGCAUGGUGAAGAGACUAGCUUGAUUCAAAACCAGUUGCCCAUACCCCACAAAACAGAUUCAGUUCCUGUCAUUCCAGACCUUUCAACAACGAUGAUAACCAGUCAAAAAAGCUCAGUCACCUGUACUUCUGGGGUUACUCAGCAGCAACAGCAUCGCAGUAGUAGCACAAAGACCUGUCAGUUUGCAGGAUGUGGAAAGGGAGCCAGAGGUGCAUCUGGCCUUUGUAUUGCCCAUGGUGGUGGCAGGAGGUGUCAGAAAGCUGGCUGUCAGAAGGGAGCUGAGGGCCGUACUGUUUACUGCAAGGCCCAUGGUGGUGGUCGCCGUUGUCAAUAUCUUGGGUGCACAAAGAGUGCUGAAGGCCGCACUGAGUAUUGUAUUGCCCAUGGUGGUGGAAGACGGUGCAGUCAUGAGGGUUGCACCCGAGCAGCAAGAGGGAAGUCUGGUUUGUGCAUCCGACAUGGAGGUGGCAGGCGGUGCCAGCAAGAGAAUUGCACAAAGAGUGCAGAAGGCUUCUCUGGUCUCUGCAUAUCUCAUGGAGGUGGACGCCGCUGCCGGUUUCCAGCAUGCUCAAAAGGUGCUCAGGGGAGCACAAUGUUCUGCAAGGCUCAUGGUGGCGGCAAGAGGUGCACAGUUUUAGGAUGUACGAAGGGCGCAGAAGGGAGCACAGCUUUCUGCAAGGGCCAUGGUGGAGGAAAGAGGUGUUCAUUCCAAGGAGGUGGAAUGUGUCCAAAAAGUGUGCAUGGAGGCACCCUUUUUUGUGUUGCUCAUGGAGGUGGCAAGAGAUGUGCUGUGCCAGAGUGCACCAAGAGUGCUAGGGGGCGGACAGACUACUGUGUUCGUCAUGGUGGGGGCAAAAGAUGCAAAUUUGAAGGAUGCAGGAAGAGUGCUCAAGGCAGCACUGACUUCUGCAAGGCGCAUGGUGGAGGUAAGCGGUGCUCAUGGGGCCAACCAAAUUUUGAAUUUGCUGGCCAAGGUGCUCUGUGUGACCGGUUUGCUCGGGGAAAGACCGGUCUAUGUGCUGCCCAUAGUGCCCUAGUGCAGGACAGGCGGGUGCAUGGGGUUGGAACACUGGGGCUUGCAGUCCAAGAACCAAAGCCUAGCAAACCUGAGAAGAUGAAAGAGGUGGUAACUGAAGAUAUGCAUGUUGAUGUCAUGAAUAUGAGCAGCAGUGGAGGGACUUUUGCAGGCUGGAGUGGUUUUGAUUCAAAUGGUUAUGGACAUCCAGCAAUAGCAGUGCAAUUACCACCACAGGUUCAUUUUCCUCCAGCGGAAGCAGGGCUGCCACCAGGUCCAGUUUCGCUGCCGGAAGGUAGGGUACAUGGGGGAAGUCUGAUGGCAAUGUUAACAAGUGGUUCAGGUUCGACUCCUGCCAGUGAAAGUCAGGUAGUUGGUGGUCCAUCUGAGCCGGGGAAAUCUAAGAUGGUUCCUGACUGGAUGAAGUGAAUGAGAGCAAUGAAGCCUAAUAGGUGUCACUGACUAGCUGCCCUUGUGUUUGAUUUGGUUUCUGACAAGGUAUGUACUUGUUUGAGUCUCUGUACUAUUAGUUUAGCAAGUUUCUGUUCCAGAUGAGAAAAAUAAUAUUUUUCUCGUUCAUUGAUUUCGCAGUUAGAAGUGAUUCGUCUUACACCCUUGAGAUAGAAUAAGGGAAAAGGAGUAAUUAUAGUUAGGUUUUCUGCUGUAAA